AAAAAUAAAUCAGCUAGAAAAGCACAACAGAAUAUAGCAAGCCAGUCGAUUGAGAGUUAAUAAACAGGGUCUGCGGAUUAAUUUUUUGACGACAUGUGACUGCUAUUUUCAUAUUUUGUAGAGUAUAAGAAAAAGCAAAAGAAAUGAAUUUUCCGUAGUUUAUUUACUUCUUUAAUUUAGCAAUAAGAGAGUUCUUAUAUAGUUUAUACCAGCCUAGGUAUUGAUUCUCAAUACAGUCUAAGAGGUAUCUGGAGUUAACUAGUGCAUUUUAAGGUUGGUUUUUGAAGUGAGUUUAGAGAAAUAUCUUAAUUAGCUCUAUCAACGUUGUGAUUUCUAGUUAAACAAUUUUUUAGAAUAUUGCUAAAACAACCUGAAAAAUGAAAAUUGGACUUUUGAAAAAUUUUUUACACUGUUUUCAGUUAAGACAAGGGACUAUUCUUAUAGCUAUAUUACAAUUGGUACUCUCUGGAUUUAUUACAAUUUUUAUCAUAUUGGGGUUAACGCAUGAAUCAGGAAUCCAAGAUAUGAUAGCACGAGAUACUGAGGAUGUACUUGAGCGAGAGGCUUUGGAAGAAAUUACUUCGAAACAUAUAAACAGUCACCGAAUGGAACUUGCGCAUCAUAAUGCAACGGAAAAGGUGUACUUAAUAUACUGUGGACUAGUAAUUAUCAUAGUACAUUUUAUUUCAACGCUUUUGCUGCUUUACGGUGCACUUAUGGCACACAGAGUUGUUAAAGCAUUGAGAACGGAGUCCAUAACUAAUUCUUUAAAGGCCUAUAACAUCAAGAAGCCGGUUCUUGAUAAUGCAACUAGGUGGAAUUCGGCUUAUUUGAUGCUGCUGUCUCUAAUUGCAGCUAAACCCUUCUGUACAGACUUUGGGACUACAAAUAAAGCAUUAUUUCUAACGGAAAAACAACGGGAAAAGAUAAGCGAAUGUGUUGCUGCAUUAGAGCCUGUCAAAAUUGCGACAGUAAUAUUCCAAAAUGAACAGUUGCUUCCAGGUGAUUUUUAUGGAGCUUGGCUAAGAUGUUGUUUGACAGUCGACAAUUUAAAUUCGCCAUUUGCCAAAGACUUGCACAAAGCUAUGAAGACGAGGGAGACACAACUAUUUGAUAAUGAUGCGCUUUUAUCAGCGUUGUAUUUGGACCCAAGAUAUAUGCCAAUUGUUUGUAUUUGUAUAGAAAAAAGUACGAAAAGGACGGAGUUAUAUUGUACACAGGUGAAUUAGAGAUUAUUUAACGCCCAAUCCACUGAUGAGUCUUAGUAAGCGACACCGUGACAAAACAUUCUCCUUUUCGUUACAUUUGUUUUACUGUACAUUUUUAUGAUAUAUUUAUUAAUGAACGGAUUUGUCAAGUUUGUUAAUUAUUUCAUUAAUAAUAGAUCAAACGAAACGGAUGAUUGUGAUUCCCUAAGAAUGGAAAACCGGGCUGUAAGAAACUUAAUUAAACUGUGGAUUCAGCUUUGUCGAAUGGAAAAAGAUAGUAAAGAAAAAGAAACAAACGAUUCACAAGAAAUCCAAUCUACUGAGAUGAACUUCACAAAGAUGACCACGAGCAGAGGCGCAAUAGAAGACGGAUAAGUAGCGGAUCAUGAAGAAGACUUGACGAUGUCGAGUGUAAUCGGGAGGGAGUGUUGAAAUAUGGGAGCUCACACCCAACAUACGUCCCAUACCGACUGUUCAUAACGCCUCACUGUUCGCCACUCCAAGCAAGCAACACCUCACAUACCACGCCACGUUUGUCACAACACGCUCUGUUACGUUCAAUAAAUAAAGCCACGUUUAUUUCGUUUACUCUA